AUGCUAGUUGUUGAUAAAGUAGUAUCUUUAAAACACUCAAUUCUUUGCCUUCAUGAAGCUCACAGGGUGCUACUGGCAGCCAGCAGUGACUACUUCAGAGGCAUGUUUACCAGUGGUAUGAAGGAGAGCCAUCAGGAGUCUGUGUCUCUGCUGUUAAUCGGAGCCGCUGAGCUUGAGGCCCUCCUGCACUGCGCCUACAGCGGCACUCUGGUGCUCGGAUGGGGCUGUGUGUUUGAACUCACCUGUACUUCCCUCCAGUUUCAGUUUCAGCCUGCAAUCUCACUCUGCCUGAAGUUCCUGGAGCAAGAAAUGGAUGUCCACAACUGCCUGGACGUGGCAUCUUUCGCAGAGGCCUACGGGAUGGCUGAGCUAAUGGAGCAGGCUGAGGAUUUUGUCCUGAGACACUUCCAAGAAGUAUCUGCCACCCCAAAGUUUCAGGACCUCCCGGCCGAGAAGCUUCUGGCGUUCCUCCGAUGCGAUGCGCUGUCCACUCCAUCGGAGCUGGCUGUUUUCCGAGCGGUCGUCGCUUGGGUGGAGGCAGAUCCUGCGGAACGGCUCCCGCAGGCCGAAGAGCUAAUGCGAGCAGUGCGUUUUCCAUUCAUGACCUUCAGAGAAUUUCAAGAAGUUCGCGCUGUAAACCUGAGCAUGGAAUGCAGUGGAGAAGUCGAGGUUGAACUCUACAAAUCAGCGUUAAAGGAGUUUGGAUUUGGCAUCUCUGACCGCAUAGUGCAGCAACGUGUACGUCACCCCAAAGAUACACUGGUUUUGGUCGGAGGCGAUCAGCUGAAUCCAGACAUGGAUCAACGACUUCCCAGCAAGCAGCUCUGGUUUGCUAACUCUCUGAGAAGUGGAACAGGCCUUGUGAAGGAGAUAGAGUGGAGAAUGCUGGGAGAAAUGCCAGAUCAGGCCAGAUUUAGACAUGGUGUUGGGGUCCAUAAUGGUCAACUAUAUGUAGCAGGAGGUUGCUACUUUUACGCAAAGUAUGAUGUCAUGAAAUCUGUUUACAGGUAAUACAAGUUAUAUUUAAAGACCCCACAAAAUCCAAAGUGCAGUUUUGUGGCUUGAUUCAACAAACAAUUUAAUGAAGUCUUUUCCUAUUAAUUUAGCUAAAAACAUAUAUAACACAGAAUUUGAAUUGCAUUACAGUUUUUCUGUGGUCAUGUCAGCCUGUAUUUGCUCCACUUUUCUUUCACCUGUUUUCACUUUUUUUUUCUCUAACAACACCUGCACAUCUGCAUAAACAGGUACGACCCUGUGCAAGACCAUUGGAAAAGGCUGGCAGACCUUCUGGAACUAAGGAGUAACUUUACGCUGGUGGCAAGAGGAGACACACUAUAUGCUGUCGGAGGAGACAAAGACAUCAACACAAAUCUUGACAGUGUGGAAAAAUACUCACUAGAAACAGAUUCCUGGAGGUAGGAGAAAAACUUAAAACAGGAUAAAAGAGCAAGCUAAGCAUUUCUAAAAGAUACCUUAGUAAUAAUUAACUAUAUUCUUCCUGUUAACACAUGUAAACACAGAAUGAUUUUAUAUCAAUGUACUUACUGACACCUAGUGGCUCUCAGAAGCACAAUAACAUACCUGUAAAUGAUGGAGAAUUUUCUGAUUUUUCAAAGGAAAUUUUUUUUUUCUCAGAGGUUCUUCUUUUAUCUUGGUCUCAACUAUAAUUAAUUGGGAGAACAUAGACAGAACAUAUUCAUGAAACAGACAAAAAUGAGUCAUUUGUAAGAGUAUAGAGCUAUUA